AUGCACGACGCCAACCGCUUCGGUGGUCGCACUGCUUACCUGCGCGAGAUCGGGCCGAUCGAUCAUAAGAAGAAGGGCCGCCUCUUCAAGCGCGACCUGCCUACACUGCAGUUCAACGUGGACGUGUGGUGCGCGCAGCAGACGCUGCGCAAGCAGUGGAAGGGGCGGGACUGGGAUGUGGUCGAGAUGCCAUUCGAGAUGGCGCCGAAGGAGCUGCAGCGCGUCGUACCGGAAAAGUACACGGACGUGCCGAUGAUGGCCGAUCCUGCCCGCCACGACUACAUGAACAUCCGGCGCAAGGUCUUUGAUAGGGAGGAUAUGCAGGAUGCCCUGUUCGCCAGUGGCGGUGCUGGUCAGUCACCGUACCCGGCUAUCCAGCGCGUGGACAAGGCCGCCAUGACACUGGACAAGUAUCUGUGA